AUGGCAACAAUAAAUGAAUUAAAUUUUUGUUCAGCAUGCAACAAGACUCAGGCAAAAUCCAUUUGUGCUGGAUGUAAAAAAUAUUUUUGUCGAAAGGAUUUCAAAGAACAUGAACAACAAUUAUCGAUAAAAUUUGAUAAUGAUAUAGUGAGAUCACAUGAUGAACUUCUUGAACAAAUGCAAAAAUUAGAAAAAUCAAAUUAUUUAUCAUUGGAUCUUUUUGAUCAAAUUGAACAAUGGAAAAAAACAGCAAUAAAAAAAGUUGAAAAAGCAGCAGACAAAGUUCAUCAUGAAUUGAUUGAAUUAAUUGAUAAACAACGUAUGAUAAUGACAAAACAACUUGAACCAAUUACAAGAGAAAUUCGUUCUCUUCGAAAAGAAGAAAAUUUUGCUGAAGAUGAUAUUAAUCGACUUAGAAAAAAAAUCAAUGAAAUUCAACAAAAACUUAAACAAUUUAUUGAAAAAGAUACAAAUAAAAGUAUCAUUAUUGAUAAUAAUCAAAUUGAUUGGAAUCAUCUUAUCUGUAUUCGAGAAAUACAACCAAGAUAUAUUUCAACAGCGACUACAGAUAAUAUAUCUGAUUCAAGAAGAAGAUCCUUCAGUGCAAUUCGAAACGGAUCAAUUUCAACAACAGCUGCCAGUACUGAAAAUGAUCGAUUCAGCCGAAGGGCAUCAACAAUGAGCAUCAGUGUUCGUGCAACUAGAGAUUUAUCCUCGCAUAGUAUAGGCGAGGUACAAGAAUUGUUUGUUCAGGAUCUUUCCGAUCAAGAAGAUGUGCAUCAACACACUGAAAAAUUGAAAAAUGAACUAGCUAAAAGAAAAAAUGAAUCAAAAAAAAAUCAAAAAAUCGUUCAAACACAACAAAGAAUGUCGAUGGCACAAAAUUCAUAUUAUUAUACGUGUGCAAUUUGUGGAAAUGCAUUUUUAACUAAUGCUUAUCUGCAAGCACAUAUGCAUCGUCGUCAUCCAAACUAUGAGUGA